AUGGCUGACUCUGGAACUACUAGACAGAAUAAUAAGAGCCCUAGUGACUUCCUGAGACAAGUAAUUGGAAGUCCAGUUAUUGUGAGAUUAAAUAGCGGAGUGGAUUAUAAAGGGUUAUUGGCUUGCUUGGAUGAUAGGAUGAACAUUGCCAUGGAAGAUACAGAAGAAUACGUAAAUGGGGUAUUUGUAGAAAAUCAUGGAGAUACCUUUAUUAGAGGAAACAACGUUUUGUAUAUCUCUUCUCCACCCAAGUAG